UGACCCAAACUUUGAAUACCAACGUAGUAUAAACAUUCCAGAGUAACCUGUGUUUUGGAGUGCUUCCUGGAACUGGCAUUUGUGAUGGGCUUGAAAACAACUAGAAUUUGAUCAGUCUAGUCUGAGAUUUGUCAGCAAUCAUGAUUCUGUCACGUGCCAAGCCAGCCUUGGGGUCUAAUGCGGCAGUGCAGCCCAGUGCAGCAGCAAACAAAAAAUCACUGCCAAAAUUGGAAGACUUUCUGUCAGCUCGAGACUUUACUGGCGCAAUAACAUUACUUGAGUUUGAGCGCAAUAGUGGUAAUGCAAAUGAACUGACGGAUCAAUGGAUUGGCUAUUGUGCUUUUCAUCUGGGGGACUACAAACGGGCAUUGUUAGAGUUUCAGAACUUAACAAUUAACAAUAAAAGUGGAAAUGUAAAGCCAGAAAAUUGGAUAAGUCUGGCAUGUUGCUACUUUUAUCUGGGGAUGUAUCCUGAAGCUGAGGAA